CUGUCAACGAGCCAUGGCGUUUUAUUAUUGAGGUGGCAGAGCAUGGAUUUUAAUUCAUCGACUUUAAUGUGCCCGCGUGCUGCCGUUUAAUUAAUAUAAAGGAUUUUUCACGACAACCGCUUCGCAGUAAACACCUUGAAGCUGUACUGGGUGUUUUCUAAAUGCAGACAGUGUGUCUCUAUAUGGUAUCGGAAGUGAUAUCGCAUGUGCCUCGUCGGCGGCGGUGAAGAUGCCGGAGUCCUUCGCUGACUUCGUGGUUAAAACAUGACCAACCUGACAUUCCAACACUAUGGACGUUCAGGUGAUUCAAGGAUUCCUUGCAAACGGGGACCAGGCUGCACAUGCCAGGGCACUGCAGUACUUCGAGCAGCUGAAGAGUGCUCCAAAUGGCUGGCAGCUUUCCAUGCAGAUGCUUCUGCAGCCUUCUGUUCAGGAUGACUCUGUGAAGUUUUUUUGCCUGAGUGUUCUGGAACAUUACAUGAAGACAGGGUAUGAGGCAGCGAAGGAGGGUGACCAACAAGCCAUGCGGACCUUUAUUAGCCAGUGGAUACAGAUGCAGGUGUACGCCCCAAUUCCCGAGAAAGUGUUCAUCCGCAACAAAGUGGCACAGCUGGUGUGCUGGGUGUUCCUGUGGGACUACCCUGCGCGCUGGCCCAGCUUUUUCACCGACAUCCUUCAAACGCUGUCGCUGGGCCCACCUGCCGUGGAUGCUUUCCUGCGCGUCCUUCUCGCCAUCAAUGGUGAAAUCACUGACUGCGAGAUACCGCGUACUGCCAAGGAACAGGACCGAAACAGACUGCUGAAGGACAACAUCCGAGAAACACACAUUGUGGACUUGGUGAACUCCUGGUACACCAUUCUAACAACCCAGUGCCAAAGCCCUGCUGGUGUGGAGUUGUGUCGACUGUGUCUGGAAGUGGUGGGUGCUUACGUGGCCUGGAUCGACAUUGGCCUAGUGGCCAAUGACCGCUUUGUCGAUGCUCUGGUUCAUUUCCUGUCCCUGCCGGCCCUACGAGAAUCUGCGUGUGACUGUGUGUGCGAGAUCCUGGCCAAGGGCAUGGACCCAGCCGACAAGGCGCGCCUUGUUGAAUCCCUCUCUGUGGUCCUUCAGAGGGCUGGUGUGCUCGCGGUAGCCGAGGGAGAAGAUGUGGACUUCCUUAUCAAGUUGGCAAAGCUUGUAAAUGCGAUGGGAAUCCAGCUGUUCGACUCCUAUUCAAAGUAA